AUGUCCAGAAGAAAUAUACGUUUACCUGCUGAGGUCAGCAGAAUUCUUUAUGUGAGAAAUUUACCAUAUAAGAUAUCUGCUGAUGAAUUAUAUGAUAUUUUUGGGAAAUAUGGAACAGUAAGGCAGAUAAGAAAAGGAAAUGCUGAAGGAACAAAAGGAACAUCUUUUGUUGUUUAUGAUGAUAUUUAUGAUGCAAAAAAUGCGCUGGAUCAUUUAUCAGGUUUUAAUGUAGCUGGUAGAUAUUUGGUUGUCUUAUAUUAUGACCCUGUAAAAGCUCAAAAGAAAAAGGAAAUACAGGAAAAAUUAAAAAAUGAAAAGUAA